AUGUCGCCCAAAAUUGGUCUCCUAACAGCGGUGCACCUGGCAACCAUUUCCAAAACGUUGACCGCUACCCGCCCGUAUGCGCUGAGCACGCUGUACCUCCAGUUCCAUCCGCAAGUUGCCGCAUCCGUAAGAUGUCCGCGGGCACUAGGUCGUUUCGUGGCGAGCGUUUACCAAUCGUCGGUUAGCUGGAUUGGUUCUGAGGUUGACCUACGAAUAAUGACGGGAACGCUGAGAACGGACCCCGAUGCCGGAGCGUUUUCGUUGCAGCGGAAGCGGCCACCGGUGGUGGACUAUCUAUUCUUCGACUACGCAGUAGCUGCCGGAGGGGACGGGGAAAAACACCUCACGGAUCGUUACCCAACGGCCCAGGUAGUCGAGCUGGACACGGAUGCAGAUUGUAGCGUCGAGUUGCCGGCGGUGCUAGAUCCGGAAGUGGACACGUUCCGCAACGUAGUGCUUGGUGGAACGUUCGAUCGAAUCCACGCCGGACAUAAGGUGCUGCUGACGCAAGCGGUCCUCCUAGCCACGGAACGGCUAGUUGUAGGGGUCACCGAUGGUGCGAUGAAUAAAGGUAAAAAGUUGUUCGAGUUGAUCCAUCCGACGGAACAGCGGAUAGCGGAGGUGAACCAGUUGCUCCAGGACAUUGAUUCAACGUUGCGCUACGAAGUCGUCCCCAUUGCGGACCCCUUCGGACCAACGGCCACCGAUCCGAAUAUGGAUUUGAUUGUGGUUAGCACAGAAACGGCACGCGGUGGAGCGAAGGUAAACGAACUCCGGUCGCGGAAUGGAUUGAAUCAGCUGCAGGUGCACACGAUCGACCUGCUCGACGACGAGGCCACGAUCGACGAUAAGGAAGACAAAAUCAGUUCCAGCAAUCAGCGAAUGGAUCUGCUCGGAAGUCGUCUGAAGCCGCGAAAACCAGCGCCAGCCAAUCUACCGGCGAAACCGUACGUGAUCGGGUUGGUCGGUGGGAUCGCCGCGGGAAAGACUAAAAUGAGGGAACGCUUCGAGAUGCUCGGCGCGGGCGUGAUCGACUGCGACAAGAUUGGCCACCAGCUGUACGAACCUGGCGAAGAGUGCCACAAGCAGGUGGUGGCUGCGUUUGGCGCAGAAAUUUUGCGCUCCGAUGGAACCAUAAACCGCCAAGCGCUCGGUGCGAUCGUGUUCGGUGAUCGGAGCAAGUUGGACCAACUGAACGCCAUCAUGUGGGAAGCGAUCAGAAAGCGGGCGAAGGAAGUGGCUCGCAGCAUGUACGAGCAGCAAGGAAAGGAGAUUGUCGUGAUGGAAGCGGCAGUGCUGCUUCGGGCCGGAUGGCAGCAGGACUGCCACGAGGUGUGGUCAUGCAUCGUUCCGCGCGAAGAAGCCAUCCGUCGGCUGAUGGAGCGCAACCAGCUCGCGGAGAAAGAGGCGAUUCGGCGUGUCGACGCACAGGUCACCAGCACCGAGGAGAUCGUGAAGAGUUCGGAUAUUGUUUUCUGUACCCUGUGGAGCUACGAGUUCUCGCAGCGGCAGGCCGAAAAGGCCUGGGCUAUCAUUCAGCAAGAGCUGAAGCUCAAGCUGUAGCCGAAACACAACGCAUUGUGUAGGCGCAAAGCGCCAAACUAUUUUUAUUGCAUCUUCUUCUAAAACGGACAGGAAAUAA